UCCCCCCCAGCAAAAAGCCGCUCGUUCUCACCGCCAAGUCGAAGAUCCAUGGUGAAGGAGCCACUCAGGCUGGUCUGCAGGUUGGCGUAUGGCAGGCAGCACCAUGGGGUAUGCUACAGCAGCAAUGUCGCGGUGGUUCUAAACAACAUUCCUCCGGAGCUGAGAGGGAGAAACGGGGAGAUAUUGGACAAGCACGCGGGUUUACGUCGUCUGCAGACCCAAAUGGCAAGCUGCCAUCAUUCCUGCCAGGGCUAAUCAUUCAAGGGCAUCGAUGGUAUUUUGUUGCUUCCACACGCGAUGAUUCCCAGACGCCAUCCAAACUAAACGACGCGAUCCUCACCUAAGUUGGAACAAGCUUGGUAAAAUCUUCAAAGUCGACCAUAAAGACAUUGAAGCGCCGUUACGAAGGCGUACAACCAUUACACAUUACUAACAUGUCCAAACGGAAAAUGACCGAAACCGAAGAGAAUACGAUUACCCGACGCGUAAUUGAGCUAGAUUCGCGAACUUUUCCUCCCCGGCUUCGAUA